AUGCAAGAUGUUUUCCUAUUUUCGUUCAAUGCGCAACCAGGUCAAAUUGUAACAAAACGCACCAUUUUAUCCCUUGCGUCUUCAUUAUUCGACCCGCUUGGAUUACUAGCACCAAUCAUACUCGUAGCAAAAAUUAUGAUGCAAGAAUUGUGGCUGUUGCGUGUAGACUGGGACGAGUCGGUCCCUCAAAAUCUUCACUCAGCUUGGAAAACAUUUAUUCAAGAUCUCACAACGCUUUCAUCGGUUAAGGUGCCGAGAUACUGCCUAUCAAUAAACCAUCAACAGGUUGAUGUACACGGUUUCUGUGACGCUUCAAUACGCGCAUAUGGUUGCUGCAUAUUUCUCCGAUCACAAAACACAUCAGGUAAGGUGACGGUCAAGCUAUUUACUGCAAAAUCCCGUGUGGCACCUAUAAAGCGGAAGUCGCUACCUAAACUAGAACUCUGUGGUGCCUUACUUCUUGCCAAACUGUAUCAGAAGGUCCAACCAAUAUUUGCGCAAUUUAAGGGUGAAACGUUUUUUUGGACUGAUUCACAGAUUGUAUUACAUUGGUUGAAGCAGCACUCAUCAACCCUGUCUGCAUUCGUUGGCAAUCGAGUAGCGGAAAUUCAAGAUAUUACCGCAAAUGGGCAAUGGAGACACGUUCCUACCCAAUCCAAUCCGGCAGAUGUUGUGUCGCGCGGCUGUAACAUCCGCCAAUUAACAGAGUCCUGUUGGUUCACGGGGCCGGAAUUUUUGUUACUCGCUGAUAAAUACUGGCCGCAUUUGAAAUGUCACAACCUGGAUAUGGAAGAAGUCAAUAAAGAGACGCGAAAGGUUGUAUUUGUUAACACAAAUGAAGACAACUACGUAUUACAGGUAUUGUCAAGAUAUAGUUCAUACACUAAGAUGCUACGAGUAAUAGCACAGGUACAGCGAUUCUAUCAUGUAACCAAGAAUAAAUUGACGAACGGAGAAUGUACCCUCCAACCUAUUCAGCUACAAAAGGCAUUGCACUGUAUUAUUUGGGUCAUCCAACAGCAAAUCUUCGAAAUUGAUAUACAACGCCUACAACGAGGGAACCCAGCCGAAGGUACAUUAAAGCAUCUGUUAAGGUAG